AUGUUUUUAUUUACCACAACUGGUUCUAUUAAGGAGUGGAAACCAAAGCCAACAUAUACAAUUAACCAGGCUUCCGAACCAGCAAGCAUAUCCAAGUCUUCUAUCGUUUCAGCUAAAACUACCACACAAUUGUCGUGUGUGUCUAAGGUCCUUGAUUCUGAGGAAGUUGCUUAUGAACUGGAGAAGAAGCUUGAGAAUUUACGCGUUCCACCAUGUCAACAUGUCAUUCUUCCAAACCAUAUUCUGGUUUCUGAAUCUGAAAAGAGCAAGUUUAGCUUUGGGAGCCCGGGAUCAAUGGUAGCAAUGUUGUAA